AUGGUUCGCGUCACCGACGAGCCCGCCCUGUCUGCGGAGCAUGUCACCCUAUACCACGCCACCGACCCUCUUCUCGGCCACCUCCCCGUCCUGAUAUUCCACGGCCCCUCGACCACGGCCAACUAUACUCUCAACAGCUCUCGCGUCCAGAUCCACGUCUACAGCCCCGCUGGCCUGCAAUGCUUCCCUCGCCUGACCAUCAGCCCCGGUUCUCCCUUUUACAGCGUUGUCAACUACCUGCCCCGCGAAUGGCAGGGCGACGAGAUCUACCGCGGCCUCGCCUUCGGCCUCUUCAAAUACUUCACCGAGCUUCCAGAAGUCGUCAAGAAUCACCUGAAGCACACCUACCCCACCACGAGGGGGAGACGGCCUGGCAGCGGCCCUGCGCUGUUCGGUGAACAGCAUGCUGCUGACCUCGCUGCCAAUAUGAUCCAGAGCGAGAAUACGGCCGAAGUAAUUGCUACUCUGCAGACCGCUCUACAGACCCAGCACCUGAGCAAUGUUGACAUUGACUUUGUGCUGCCGCCUGGUGCUAUCGUGCCCCUCCGCCCAGAAGAUCUCGAAGACGUGCCCGACGACGACGACGACAUCCUCGACCCCACUCUGCGACAAUAUGGAGGUUACACACCCUUGGUCAAGCUCUUUGGCGAGCCUGUAUUCCUGCCGACAGCCCGACUGCGAAGGGCGCCCUCGAAACCUACGGCGCUGAAUCGGAGCAAAUCCUUCACGAGGGAUCAGAAAGUGGACUUGAGGAUGAAGCUGGGCGAGCUCAUAGACACAGAAGAACGAUACGUAAUGAAGCUCAACGAGCUCGUCAAGCACAUUGCCGAUGACUUUCGACAGUCGGCCAAAGCCCGGGCGCGAGGCAGUCUGAGCCCUUCCGAAGAGGAGCUCGAGAAGCUCUUCCCCCGCUCAGCCGACCGGAUACUGCAGAUUAACUCUGCCUUCAUGCAGGAACUCCGCAAUGUCAUGAACGACACCGAGGAUGAGGCCGUACGUGACAUGGAAACAACGACAGCAGCACUUACGGGCUCUAAACUCGGCGCAUCGGCCAAGACCAAAGACCCCAGUGGCGCUCUGGCAGUAGCGAGGAUAUUCCUCGAAUGGUUUCCCAAGUUUACCGACUGCUACCAGGAGUACAUCCGUGCCAGCCAACACUUCCCAACUCUUCUCAACUCGUUUCUCGAUCAGCAGUCGAGCUUCCGACAGAGAGUGACACAGACGGGCGAGCAAGCCGUGCGCUCCAUUCUUAUCGAGCCAGUUCAGCGACUACCCCGGUACAGCCUGCUGAUUGACCAGAUCGUCAGUUGCUUGCCCAUGACGCAUCCCGCCCUACAGCCCAUGCUGAAGGCUAGAGACAUUAUCACAAAUAUCUGCUCCAUGGACGAGCCACUACCAGACAAACCCCACGUCACCAACCGACUACGAAAUAUGGUGGAGAGCUGGCCGUUGGACCUGCAGCCUCAGGGACGCCUGAUUCUCGCGGUCGACUUUGUCGAAGUGCCUGCCCCUUUCAACUCGGUGGAUCAGUACGAAGCAGCAGACAGAUCUGGCAUGUUCUUGUUGUUUGCGGAUUGCGUCGUCAUUCUGAAGAAGCUCGGUCCCAAUAUCGUCACGGGUCGGGAUCUGCUGCGCGAGAUUGACAAACCUUCCGCUGCUGGCCUCCUUGUAUCCAUGACCAAUGCUGCUGGUGGUCCUGGGUCCUACGAGCUUGCAUUCACCGGCUGGCAUAACCUGUCAGACGUUCGAUUCACCGAAUCCGCCGAUGGCGCGCUCGUUUGGAUGACAUCCACACAAGAGAUGAAGGGUGCUCAUGCUGGAGAGUGGGUCACAGGCACGGCGGUGACCUCGCGGUGUUUCCAGCUUCAAGAGACUCACGAGGCCAAGGCCUUUAAAUGGACCGAGGACAUUGUCAAGGCUCGUGUUGAAGGCCGGUUCUCCGAGGGCGAGCGCGAGGACCCUACCUGGACCCUUCGGUGCUCACGGUUGCCAGACAACAACCUGGGCAUCUUUGCCGCCGUAUUCCAAGAAGGGGCUGACCAGCUGAUUGAGGGAAGGCGGGAACCAGCACCUAUCCGUAUCGUCGUGGAUCACGAGAAAGGCACCAAGGGCGCGCCUAUCGGACACUAUGGCGUUGAGGUCACUGUCAAUGUGCACAGCGGCGACAUGAGGCGCGUUAACAUGCAAACGGCAGGGUUGAACGGAAAGCAAUUUGCGGAUGACGUUGCUCUGGAGGACUUUCUUCCCACAUUAUCGCGUCGAAUCAUCCAGCUGCUCAGUGUACAACACGGCACGUCCAAUAUGCGUCUUACUCCAGCAUUGGUGUCGUACUAUACGAAAGCCCUCAAAGGUCUUCAGCUGACAACCCGGGCAGAGAAGACGCGAUCUUUCCUCGCGUCAUCUCCAGUCAAGGGCCUGUUGUCGACAAUCUGGGGAGGCAGCUCCAACGCGGGCGCAGAUCAGGGCGCUGCCUCGCCGAAACACGCCAGAGCACCCGUCACCAACGUCUUUCCCCCUCCGAUAUCACGCGCCAACAGCGAGACCAACUCGAUAUUUGGCUCAGCAAGAAGCAGAGACGGGGGACGGAUCGCCAUGGAUGAAAGCAAACCUGAAAAUCCCUUGGUGCGCCUCGAGCAAACAUUUACUGGAUACGUUGCUAGCUUGCAGGCACGCAAGGGCAGCAUUGUUGGCCGAAUGCUUCUCAACAGAGGGGCUGUGGAUGAGCUGGCCGUCAACGACCUGUAUAACAGGCUCAUCGAGAGCCCCUUUGACCUUGACGCGUCCUCUGAACUUUCUGCUGACUCCAUCUUCGUCGCUUUCGAAAAGUUCCUCAACAUCGCCUGGCGAGAGCAGAUGGGUCCCAUCAUGACGAUCCAGGCCCUUGAUACGCUACAGGAACGCAUGAACAAGCAGGUGCCGGGAAACUUCGCCGACUUUGUCAAUUACAUGUUUGGAGACAUGGCGCCACAGAACCGACGAGCGUUCACGGCCUUGAUAAAGCUGCUCGCCGACUUGCUGGAGGGGUGCAGCAAUGACAGCGAUCGAGGCGCAAUCACCGUCGCGUUUGCCGAACUGCUGGUUGUAGACGGCACAGCGCACAACUACAUCAACCUUCUUGACCGCCUCGUCGAAGAUUGCGAUCGCAUAUUUGAGGACACCAGCUUCGGGGCCAACCUUCAUCCCGGUGGCUCGGCGUAUGAGUCGAUGAACUCUAUGACUCGCAGCACCAAGUCUCACACAGGCUCCUUGACCUCCAACACAUCCUCUAUCCGCCGCAAGUUUGGACUGGACUCGUUAUUGCGACAGAACAGCAAAAAUGAGGAUCGUCCGUCUGUCUGGAGGACGCUCAGUAAGCACACCCGCAAUCCGGCCACGGGAGAUGUUAGCCAGACUGCAAGUCUGUCGAGGGCGACCGCAAGCCGGACGAGGUCUAUUGACAUGGGCUACCCGGGUCCCAACAAACUGAAGAGGCCCAACUCGCGAGACAGGCCGCCACUGGCUGGCGCAUUCGACGACCUACAGCGACCAGGAAGCUCGCACAAGCUCGAGACUCGGCUCGAGACAAUCGGUGAGCCAGACCACGAGGCCGCAGCCCACAAGACGCCCAAGAAGAAGCGGCGCAGCUCUCUGUCUGAUCUCAGGAGCCUCAUGGCUGCCGCGAGUCUCGGCGACCCGGCAGAAGACACGAGCAUCCUGCCUCUCAGCAUCAACAAGCAAAUAUCGGAGAAGUUCAACUCGACGCCGAGGGCCAAGUCGCCCACGCCGUCGAGGAUCCCCGUCAGCCCAAACACGCAGAGCUUGCGCGUGCCCCGUCCGCAGAAGGAGAACAUCAGCCUGGCGGACAUAUUCCAGCCGUCGCCAUCGACGGCGGGCACUGAAAAGCGACCGACGAGGGGCCACCACUCAAAGAACUUUUCUACAUCCCAGAUCCCAACGCUCAAGCCGGCCCGCAGCGGUCUGGGCAGCGGAGGUGAGUCGCCGACGCGGCCGAGCCUCAGCCCGACCAAAACGGGAAGCUCGGGCAGGCUUCGCUUGCAAUCGCCACAAAAGCUGCGCGAGCGGCUGCAGACGGAGAAGCAGGCCGUCGACGAGGUGGACGCAUCCUUGAAGUCGGAGCUGAGCAAGAUCGCCGAGGAAAUGUCGCGGGUGAACAAUGGGCUGGGCGACCGAACGGGGACCAUCGACCUGCGGCUCCUGACGCAGUCGGUGACGGCGCUCGAGGAACGCAUGCCGACCAUGCUGGGCGAGCUGAACGAAAGGCACUCGGCCAUACAGCGUGAUAUGGAGAGCACGCUCAAGGCGUCCGAGGCCAAGGUCAAGGCCAUCGACCAGCUGUACCGUGAGGCCACGGCGGAGAACGAGCUGCUGUAUGAAAAGUUCAACAGCGAGCUCGGCAAGAUUGUCAAGGCGCUGCGCGGCAAGGGCCGCGAGGACAAGGAGGAGCUGGUCAGCAAGCUGCGGGAGCAGAGCGAGGAGGCGGCCAAGACGAAGCGCGAGAAUGCGCGUCUGCGGCGCGAGGUCAUCAGCCUGCGGACGGCGUUGAAGGGGGAAGCGGCGGCCGAUGGCGCCUAG